UUUGGCUUCAACCACGAAUAUGCACUAGUAAUAGUGAGUCAUAAUCCAGCUGUUGACAGGAUUGCGGAUUUCCAGGACAUCUUGAACGAACCCCAUAUUGCGCUGCAGAAGCUGCGUGAACUUUGCUUUAGCGGAAUUCCUUUUGAAGGUGGCUUGCGCUGUCUCUGCUGGAAGAUCCUCUUGAACUACCUCCCAGUGGAGAGAACAUUAUGGAGCUCCCUCUUAACGAAGCAAAGAGAACUGUACGCUCAGUUCUUGAAAGAAAUGAUCAUACAGCCUGGGAUCACGAAAGCCAACCUUGGCAUCUCCAGAGAAGAUGUGACCUUAGAGGACCACCCGCUGAAUCCGAAUCCAGACAGCCGGUGGAACACAUACUUCAAGGACAACGAAGUGCUGCUGCAGAUAGACAAGGAUGUCAGGAGGCUCUAUCCCGACAUGGCGUUCUUCCAGCGCCCGACCGAGUACCCCUGCCGCUUGAUCCUCGACCCGCAGAACGAGUUCGAGACCCUGCGCAAGCGAGUGGAGCAGACGACGCUCAAGUCCCAAACGGUGGCCCGAAACCGGAGCGGGGUCACUAACGUGAGCUCCCCUCUCAAGACGCCGGCCCCCAACUCCCUGAGCGAGUACGAACUUCUCCCGAAUGGCUGUGAGGCUCACUGGGAGGUGGUCGAGCGGAUCCUCUUCAUCUACGCCAAGCUGAAUCCGGGGAUCGCCUACGUCCAAGGGAUGAACGAAAUCGUGGGGCCUCUGUACUACACCUUCGCUACCGACCCCAACAGCGAAUGGAAGGAACACGCCGAAGCGGAUACGUUCUUCUGCUUCACGAACCUCAUGUCCGAGAUCAGGGACAACUUCAUCAAAAGCCUGGAUGACUCCCAGUGUGGCAUCACGUACAAAAUGGAGAAGGUCUAUUCUACCUUGAAAGAGAAAGACGUUGAACUUUACAUGAAGCUGCAAGAGCAAAACAUCAGGCCCCAGUUCUUCGCCUUCCGCUGGCUGACCCUGUUGCUCUCCCAGGAAUUCCUCUUGCCGGACGUGAUUCGCAUCUGGGAUUCCCUCUUCGCCGACGACAACCGCUUCGACUUCCUGCUGCUCGUCUGCUGCGCCAUGUUGACGCUCAUUCGGGACCAGUUACUAGAAGGGGACUUUACUCUGAAUAUGCGGCUUCUGCAGGAUUACCCCAUCUCGGAUGUUCACCUGAUUCUGAAGAAGGCGAAAGAACUGCAAGAUUCGAAGUAACGACCGCGAGCCUCGAUAUCCAGAGACUCGGUGAGCGCCUGGCCUUUCUCACCUGGCGACGCCUUCUUCCACUCUCACAUAUCUGCGAGAGAGCGAUUAUGGCCUCGAGUCGGGCCGGGCGCCCUCGUUUUCUCGAAUCCUGUCUGCUGCGAAAUGACUCCACAUGGAAGCGAUCUGGUCCAUGCGAGGGGGGAGAGAAAACCAACUCCAGACAGGUAGAACUCUGAACUCUUCAGCUUUCUCAAUCGUUACGAAAUGGACGGCAACGCCGGCCGUUAAAGAUGCAGAUCUGAAUGUACAAAACCUUCUGGGAUUUACCUGGGACAGGUUUAAUCGGAUGAGGAGAGAGCGCGUUGGUUUGCCCCCUGGAUGAAAACAUCUGGGAGGAACACGAACCACGUGUGUACAGACGGUUCUCCCCGUGGCCACACCACGGGUGGGAGAUCUUGACUCCCUUCAUCCAAGGAAUAGGGCAAACACCAGACUGAAUUUCUCCAGGGAACGGUCCAGCUUCAGCCGCUUUUUGUGUGAAUUUGAACCCCCCUGCUCCGUUUUUCAGUUGCUGGAGAUUUCUUCUGCCCCAGCUAGUCCUGGGGAGCUGGUGUGAAUGAUGCUGACCCAGCCUUAUCACCUUAUCAGCCUUAGAGGAGAGGGGGGGGCGCCUUCUUCCUUCCCUUGCUGCGGAGAGAUGUCUGCCGAUAAGAGUGCAAAACGUGCGUGAUCCGCAAGAUGUCGAGACACAGGAGACGAAACCUUGCCUGGAUCCUCCCGUUUUUUUUUUUUUCUAAGCGAACCGUUUGAUUUCUCCAAAACUCUGCCAGCUGUGGGAAGGUCGCUCCUGCUGGAGAUUCACAGCCUAGGCGCGAUGCGUCCCCGGAUCGUGGGAACGUUGCGGUCCCGAUUAAGACGCUGCGAGGUCGCUUCCCCUCACUUUGGGAGCCCAAAGUGGUGUGUUUUGGGCUGGCUAGGUGAAGUGGAGACACGGAAGCAGGGGUGUGGGUGUGUGUAUAUGUCUCUCUCUCAGACAUCCUCCUCCUUGGGAAACAGAGCAUAACGGCUGGAGAAAUGCAGAGGCCGAUGAUGGCACAGAGCUUCUUGCAAAAGCCGGCUGGUGUUCCAAUGACAAGGGGCUUUGCAAGCGGAAUAUCUGAAAAUGUUGUGAUGCACGAUUGUUCUCCGUAGAAAACUCCCUCCUAUCUCAAAUAAGCUGCCAGUUCCUUCCGCGGAAUUAAAUACGUUUGGAGCUUCA